AUCUGGGUUGGUGCCUCUUCUUUUUUCCCUCGCGCACUGGUGACCGACGGUCAAAAAUACAAUGACAUUUCCUUGUGAUCAUACGCCAUGUACAAAUCAUAACCGCUUUGUUGUUGAAGAAGGUCUCAGUCAUCUUUGAAACAGACAGGGAAAUAUCAGAACAAGUGGAACUUAAGUAGACCUCUACUUAAUUAAUAGAGUUAUUUUGAAACACUCUUCAAUUUAAAUUUGACCAUUGGGUCAGUAAAUAUCAUGCUGUGCUGUUCCUUUUGAGGUUGAGCACUAAAUGCCUCCUUAUGACGGCUUGAGUUACAGUGCUUACGUUUUGUAAUACAUGUAUAUACAAUAAAUUGACUGUAGGAAAGGACAGGUCUGCCCGCGCAGAAAAGCAGGUAUUAUUUAAAGGGAGAUGAUCAGUGUGUACCUGACGUUUGACACAGCGCGGUUAACCGCGGCUGUUGUGUCAUUGAAUCGAUAGACGACACGGCUCACAGCGGCACGUCUGUGAACAACUAGAUCAUCCUGGUGCAGUAUUUGCUUAACAAACGUCUAGACAGUUCGCCCUGGCUCCCUUACCCCUCAACACCACCACCAUUCCCCGAUGUCCUGAACAUCCCACGCCAGUCAUCGGGUUCAGCAUGUCGCUAUUUGGAUCAGUCUGUGGGUGUUAAGUUCAUCCCGUGGGGCAGGGAUUUAGUGGGAGAUGGAAUCCCGGGACGCGGAUGUGGUGAUUGUAGGGGCAGGGCUCUCGGGUCUCUCUGCCGCUUACCAUCUCCUUAAGACAGACCGUACUCUCCGAGUGCUUAUAUUGGAGGCUAAAGACCGUAUAGGUGGUAGGACGUUAACGUCCCAGCUGCAAUCCGCAGAUGGAAAUGCUGACUUCUGGGACCUGGGAGGAGAAUGGGUGGGCAGGCCACAGCCACACUUGCAGUACCUCCUCAACUUGUUUCGUCUGGACACAUUCAACCCAGCGGGACCCCAUGGUGAGGCCCUUCCCUAUGUACCGUCGAUGUCCUUUACGGCCAGAGUCGACCUCUUUUUCUUCACAAAGAAGCUGCUAAGACUGAAGAGGAGAUUUCAUACAUGUGAUAUCAGGGCAUCUGUGGAAGCUCUGCAGAGUGAUGGCAUCACAGUAGAGCAGUAUAAAGACCAGCAUCUCUGGACUACGGGAGCUAAGGAGGUAGUGGAUGCUGCCUGUCGCUGUAUAUUUGGGCUGGCGUCUUCAGAGAUGACCCUCCUCUACUUCCUGAUGUAUAUCAACUCAGCGGGUGGGCUGGAUGUAUUCACCAAACCAGCAGAAUACGCUGGCAGGGAGAGCAGGGUUAAGGGGGGUCUGUUGCAGCUCUCAACACACCUGGUGCAGAUGAUAGGCAGGAAAAGUAUCUUAGUGAAACACCCUGUCACUCACAUCGUUCAGACAGGUGAUUACGUGACGCUGGUAACAAGUAGUCGUCUACAGGUGAGGUGUCAGAGGACCAUCCUGGCUAUCCCCCCUCAUCAUGCAGGUGCCAUUAACUACACCCCGCCCCUACCCUCCAUAAAGCUGAACCUGCUGAAGAGUAUACCACUGGCUUAUAUAGUCAAGUUUAUCUUCACCUAUGAAGAGGCAUUUUGGCGCGGAGACACCCCCCACACAGACAACAGUCAGUAUGGCUUUCAGACAGUGCUACAGGACCCCGAGUUUGGCCCUGCUGGAAUUGUCUAUGAUGCUACGUCUGCACGAGGCAAUCCAGCACUGGUGGGCUUCCUGACUGCCUCUAAGGCUGGACCGGGGGAGGACUACAAUGAUGAGGAUCGAGAGGAGGCCAUACUUGACAUGCUUGAAGCUGUCUUAGGCCCAGGUGUCAGGAACUACAUUGACAGUGCCCUCAAGGACUGGAAGAAGGAACCCUAUAAUGGUGGAUGUUUUCUAAAAUCUCUGAUUCCAGGAACGACUAAGUACUUCAGCUCGGGGUUUAGAGAUCCAUACCAAAAGGUCCACUUUGCAGGAACAGAAUCUGCAACAGUAUGGUGUGGCUUUAUGAAUGGGGCUAUUCAGGCUGGCUUCAGAGCAUCUACAGAGGUGUUACGUCAUCUACGCCCGGACAUGGUGAAGUCCGCUGACCCAGAUGGCAUUCCUGUGGAGGGUGAAGGUUCCACUACCCACACCCGCUCUAAUAUUGUCCUUCUCUCUACCUUAAUCGGAGUCACCACAGCCAUACUCAUAGCCCUCUCAUUUAAGGGCACGCGGUAUUACCUGAACCCAGAAAACUUCACACUUAAACUGUUGCCCUCCAGAUACCAGACUUAACCAGCAAGGCAGGCUGAAACCAUCAACCAGGAGAGUUUCACGCGUAAACUCCCAUCCUGCUUCAGACCUAGCAAGUCAGGCGAGCUAUAAACAUCGAAUGACAUCAACCAGUAUUUCUCUGUCCACUUGUUUUAUCCAUGCAAUUUCACCAAUACAUGAGUUUGUCUUUUACAGAUUUUAUACAUCCAAGACGCGUUCCAUACAUACUGUACUUUAUGUAAAAUUGGGCUUUCUUCUAAUGACAUAUUUUGCUAGAUUCUGAUUGAUUCACCAAUCUUAUAGAUCCACGUUAUGAUUUUUUUGUGUGAAAUUUAAUAAAUUUUUUCAGAGAAACAGCAUUGGCAUAGAAUAAUUUUAAAGCCUUUGUUUUCUUCCAAACGUGAUUUUGCAGGUAGAUGUACUUCAACAUCCAGAUAUUUAUAUAUACAUUUAUAAUUAAUUCAUUCCAAGAAUUGUUUGAUCUCAAUUUCAUUAUGUUAAAAUAUUUAUUUCGAAACAAUGUCCAUUUUGUUUUUCCUAUGUAAUAAUCGUAAGCUUGAACAAGAUUUUUCUAAAUAAAUGAAUAUAUUUUAACUUUGAAAGAUGCAAGUUGUCCGUGACAACAUAUUUUAUCUGUAUAACAUCAUAUCUGUAUCCCCCAAAGUCCAUUCUCAGAGUCAAAACUUAAAUUCUCGUCACAAUGCAUAGUGUUUGGUGGUGGAAGUUGAAUUUUUCGCUGUGUUUGAAAGACGAUAACGUUACCCAAGAGAGUUGUGUGUAAAACGGCCAAUGACAACACCAGUGGCCGCAUUACCCCUGGACCCUUGGUAUAUUCAUCACUAAACUG